AUGCCGGAGGACAUGGAAAUUCAAGAUGAUCCUGAUAAGCCAAAAAACACGACGUUUAAAAAGGCUUUGAUGAAAAGAUACUUGGACAACACCUGCGACAGCACUCGGGGAGACCCCCGUGACCAAGAGCUAGUCGCUGAAGCCCUUCUACAAGCGCACGCUAACUCCCCGAACAUGGAAAGGGAAGCUAAAACGCUUCUCCAGAAUAUUCUCACGCAAUCUCCGCAGAGACUUCCCUACACUCUGGCUUCCAUGUACGGUCCUGCAGUAACUUGCAACACAAGCACAGGUUCCCUUCCUCCUAGCCCGGCUGACAGUGGUGUAUCCGAUGUGGAUAGCAGUAGCAGUCAUCUAAGUAAUGAAGAAACCAAGCCACGACACCUCAGUGUUCAAGUGGCUCCAGCCAGGACUCCCGAGUCCCCCAGUCCCAGUAGCUUGUCUUAUGCUACUUCCUAUGGACAUGCGAAUCAGUCACACCUACAACAGCAGUACAAUAAUCGACUGCAUCAAACAUUUCCUGGUGUUAUACCUAUCUCUGCAUUUCCUGGCCAAACCCAACCACAUUAUAGACAUCAUCGAACAAAUCUUCAUCACCAACAACCUCAACAGCAUCAACAACCACAACAACGCCAGCAGCCACAACAACAUCAGCAGCCACAACAUUUACACCAACAACAGCAUCAACAUAAUCAACAACAUCCACAUCAGCAACAGCAUCGGCAACAACAACAACAACACAGGCAACAUCAACUACAGCAACAGCACAAUGGGUUUUUAGAUGCUUCAAACUCCCAAAAACCGCACAGCACAUACAGUAGUCUUUCACCAACACCCAGUCACCAUGUAAAUCACCACCUUGGUCAUCCGUUGCACCCUACCUCUAUCUCACAGCUGCAGGUACACCUAUCAGGUCAUCAUCUGCAUCCACAGGUGUCUAGCACUACUCAUCAUGGUUCUCCCAUGUCGCCACUACCCCUUGCUCUUACCAGGAAUAACAGUGCUUGUUCUCCGUCCUCAUCAUCAGCUGUUUUAGCAUCCUCUUCUGGCCUGCAAUCACCUCUAGAAGGAGGUCACCAACCAGCCAUUCCGACCUCAGUCAUUACUGCAACUCACAACAACUUAUGUGGCUUAGAUUUGGAUCCAGCUUCUUUUGUUGAAGACCUAUCAUUUCAAGCUAGGAUUAAAAAGAAAGCUCGGAAGACAAAGAACCCUGACGGAUCUCCUGCUGUUAAGAGAAAAAGUAGAGAAGGUUCUACUACCUAUCUUUGGGAAUUCCUACUAAAGCUUCUUCAAGACAAAGAGUAUUGCCCACGAUACAUUAAGUGGACACAUCGAGAGAAAGGCAUUUUCAAAUUAGUCGACUCCAAAGCAGUGUCCAGGUUAUGGGGUCUACAUAAAAAUAAACCUGACAUGAAUUAUGAAACGAUGGGAAGAGCUCUAAGGUAUUAUUACCAACGUGGCAUUUUGGCUAAAGUUGAUGGACAGCGUCUCGUUUAUCAGUUUGUUGAUGUACCUAAAGACAUUGUUGAAAUUGACUGUACGGGAGCGUGAUGUAAAAUAUUAAGUAGUACAGCUUUUUCUCCCAGUGACUUUUUUGAUCAAGAAUGCUCAAAGCUAAAGAUAUUCCGCAGCAUUGUUGAUAGUUUUGAGCAGCGGUGACACGUUCCAUCAACUUUUUUUAAAUACAUUCUCCCUCAUUCAUCAGAACUAUUUUUUUCUUUAAAAAAAAAAUUGAACUAUGGACUUUUUUAUACCAGGGAGCUGUGUAGUUCUUUCUCUCACUUGAUGGAGUCUAAUGUUAUUUAUUUGUCCAUGAUUUUAACAUCAGUUAUUCCAGUUGUCUUCAAAAAGUUGUGAAAAUGUUCAUAAGUACUCAUAUAUAUUGCUGCUUUUACUGUCCCGGUUUUGCUAA